AUGAAGGAUCCGAUCAGCCAUCUGACUCAAAAGGAAGCCCAGGAGAUCGAUGCGGAGUUGAUGGGCCCCAAGUAUGGCUACACUCUAGCCCAGCUGAUGGAACUCGCGGGUCUUGCGUGUGCACAAGCGCUUCAUAAGGCCUUUGACCCCCAUACCUACCCACGAGUCUUGGUGUGCUGUGGACCCGGAAACCAGGGUGGAGAUGGCCUCGUGGCCGCCCGUCAUUUGUGGCAUUUCGGACACAAGCCGACGCUGUAUUACCCUAAACAAACGGACAAAGAACAUUACAAGAGCCUAUUACUCCAAUGCGAAAGUCUAGGGAUUCCAGUGGUUAAGACGAGCUUUGCGGAGGCGAUGGACGAGGCGGAUGUGAUACUGGAUGCGAUUUUCGGCUUCUCAUUCCACUCGGAACCGCGUCCGCCAUUCGAUGAACCGAUCCGAUCAUUCAAACAGACUCAAACUCCUAUAGUCUCCGUCGAUAUCCCAUCCGGUUGGGAUGUCGAAACUGGAAACCCUGAUCAGAUCUACUUCACCCCAGACGUCCUCGUCUCUUUAACUGCUCCAAAACGGGGUGUGAAGUCUUUCUCGGGUCGCCAUUUUCUUGGCGGGCGGUUUAUACCUCCAGGAAUCGUGAAGUCUUACAAUUUGAAGCUGCCCGACUACCCGUCGUCGGAUCAAGUGGUGGAAAUAACUGAUGUACAAGAAUGA